UGUAUAGGCUGAAGUUCUCCGGCGGAAUCGGACGACAGGGCGCCGGUCAGCGGAACGCGACCCGGCUGCUCGCACACUUUGCUCUGGUCUCGUUGCUGUCAUGGAGAAGGUUGUUCUUGUUACCGGCGCGAACAGCGGCAUCGGUCUGGCGCUGUGCGAAAGGCUGCUGACCGAGGACGGCCAGCUCCGGCUGUGUCUGGCCUGCAGAAACACGCAACGCGGUGAGGCCGCCCGCUCCGCCCUCCUGACCUCUCACUCCAACGCACAUGUAGACUUGCUGCACCUCGACGUGGGCUCUGUGCAAUCAGUGCUCGCUGCCGCUCAGGAGGUCAAGGCCAGAUACAACCGAAUUGACUUUCUGUAUUUAAAUGCAGGAAUCAUGCCCAAUCCGCAUAUAGAUUUAAAAGCCUUUUUCAGGGGUCUGUUCUCCAGAAAUGUCAUCAACAUGUUUGCGACAGCAGAGGGCCUCUUGACUCAACAGGACCAGCUCAACUCAGAUGGGCUGCAGGAGGUUUUUGCCACCAACCUCUUUGGCCAUUUUCUCCUGAUCAGGGAACUGGAGCCUCUGGUGUGCCGGGCAGGUCACACGUCCAGGGUAGUGUGGACCUCCUCCAGUAACGCCCGCCGCUCGGCCUUCAGCAUCGAGGACUUGCAGCACAGAGAUGGUUCGGAGCCCUACAGCUCCUCCAAGUACGCGUCAGACAUGCUCAGCCUGGCCCUCAACCGACACAAGAACAGCCAGGGGCUGUUCUCCUCCGUAAUAUGUCCAGGACUGGUGAUGACUAAUCUGACCUACGGUAUUCUCCCGUCCUUUUUCUGGACCCUCAUAUUGCCCAUCAUGUGGCUGAUCAGGAUCUUCACCAACACAUUCACGCUCACGCCACACAACGGAGCAGAGGCGCUGCACUGGUUGUUUGGACAAAACCCAGAGUCACUGGAUCCGAGAGCGAAGUACCACAGUUUAACGUCCGGCCUUGGAACAAACUACACUCAGGCUCGACAGAUGGACAUCGAUGAAGAAAUGGCCGAGGUCCUGUAUUCAAAACUUCUUGAACUUGAGAGAGUAGUCAGAAAGAAAGAAUGAGAAGAUACCAACGAGGACUCUCCUAGACAGUCCUUGGAGUAAAUGGGAGUCUUACGAUUCGUAUGUUUAUUUUGUCUCAUUGUAUUUUCUACACAUGGUGAGUCUUAAAACUAUAUAAACUACUAACUAUAUGUAGUUCAUUUAUAGCCUGAAGUUUGAUUAUAGAAGUUUGCUCAGGUGUUUGAUUUCACGCUUUAAAAAAAUCAUAAAAGUUGCAUUAAUCUGUGGUGAGCAAGAUUACUUUUGCUGCAUGAAACAUGCAAGUAUCACAAACUUACAUUUGCCUCAGAGCCUUUUAUCUGCAAUCAUCUGAAAAGUCUUGUCUACUUUUUGUCCACUCUUUAUCAGCCGUAUUCAUAUUUUAUUAUUCAAACAUCCGAACUGUAUGAUUCACCUCUGUGAAAGGUUGUCCAUCAAAAUAAAUCUAGAAUGUCCUGACCCUC